GCUCCCACAAUGUUAUCUACGUUUUUGCCUGCAGCUAGUAGUACUGACGCAUCGAUAUCGCCUAUCACUCUGACUUCAGAAGCAACAAGAUGGCAGAAAAUUUCAUCAUCAAUUACAUCGGCAUUGAAUUCAUCACUUGAAAAUUUUAACAUAGAAUUCCAGAAAUCAAAUGAUGCUAAUACCAGUGAAGUAUUACCAAAAACAGUGCUAGACACAUUACCAUUACAACAAUCUCUUAGUCCUCUUUCUACAUUGUUGGAUACUCAGCGAACAAAAAUGUAUUUAUCACCAUCAACUCAAGAAUCUGAAGUUAAUCUUCUGGAAACAUAUUUGUCAUCGUCAACUCCAGAAUCAGACAUUAAUUAUACUCUAUUUGCCAGUUCCCUAUCCAACUUGCAGUUAGCAGAAUCAUUUUUAUCACAAUCAACUUCCGAAUCAAGAUUUAAGGAUAAUGUUAUAUUAACGACCGAUGCAAUAGCAUCAACUCAUGCUUUAUCAACUUUCAAUCAAGUCUCCGAAUUCAAUUUCAAUGACGAAAAAGCUGUGUCAAAAGAAACGGUAUCUAAUUCGAAACAUAUAAUGCCUUCAGAAUUAAAAGGAAACAAAGCUAAUAUUUCAGUGGAACAAAUUUCAGUAACAAAUGUGGAGCCUCAUGGCAUGAAAAUUCAGAAAACUUUUCAUCGUUGA